AUGAAAAAAAUUGAAUUUUUGCUUCCUAUAGGAUUGCUAUUUUUACUUACUUAAGUUUAGUCAAAAAAUAUGAUUGAUAACUGCUCAUUUCCCUUUAUUGUGUAUUAAAAUCCAUAGAAUACUCAGCUUUAGAUGAUCUGCUAAGAAUGCAAGUUUGGAUAUAUUGUAGAUUAUGAUUUUAAAUCAUGCAUUGAGGCUUCAAUUUUACCUAUGCCUUUAUAUUCUUAUUGUAAAAGACUAGAUAGAAACAGAGAGUGUGAUGAAGCUUAUACAACUAUUUAAAUAGAUCAUAAUGAGUUAUUUGUCACAGAAAAUCCAUUACAGUAUGAUCCGAGAUGCUCUAAGAUCGAUACAGUUAACAAGAUAUGUAUAUCUCCUAGAUUUCCUUAUACUCUAGAUAUUUCAUAGGACUUAAUAUUCCACUUUCCAGAUAGAUUUUGCAAAAUUACCAAUGGUUAAACGUGCAUCCAAAAUUAUGAGCUAUUCUAUAAAUCAAAGAAAUAUAAUACAUACUAUGGCCUCUUUAACUUAAUCAACCCAAAUAAGAUUACCAAUGAUGCAAUUUACGAUACAGAUAUUUAAUGUAUGCAAAAUUUUGCUUUUAAGGAUUCUAUUGGCUGCAUUCCCAUAAACUUUUAAUGUCUCAAAAAUAAUGGUAUUACAUGCACUUGCUCAGAUGGUGAAGCGAUAGAUUCUACAGGAUCUGCAUGUACUUAUUUCUAAAAUUGUUUAACUUUUGGAUAUGCUGGAUUGUUUUAAUUUUGUAUGUAAUGCCAAAGUGGGUAUUUUAAUUCUUAAGGAUUAUGUACAUAAUCACCAUCUCAAAAUACAGCAGGUUCUUCGUCUACGAGCACAGACGCAGUAGGAAAUAUAUAUAUAUAAUUACCGUUAUGUAAUAUAGGAUAUUAACUAGAUUAUAAGACUUUUAGUAUGUUAAAAAAUUCAAUAACUAAUUUUAUAAAGCUUUAAAUUAUCUAAACUUCAAUUCCAAUCAAUAUUGAGUAUAAUGAUCCUAUUUAUCUUUUGCUUUUAUCGUUUGCUAUUGACUUUGCUUAAGAUUAAUCUUAUUCUUAUUAUUUUAAUUAAUUAAUUUCCCCCUUAACCCCCUAAAAUUAAUUUGGAUGCAUGAAUAUUCUUAAUUAAAUAUAAGGAUGUACCUAAUACAUGUCUAACUUAUGCUUUAAAUGUGAAAGAAAAGGUGUAUAUUAUGUUUAAACACAAUAACCUCAGGGAACAUAAUUAUUUUAAACAUAUUAAAGCUUCUGUGGAUAAUCAGAAGACUUAGGCAUACCUAAUUGUAGAGUAAUAGCAGAAAAUAAGUGUAUAGUUUGCAAUGAUUAAUAUUUUCUGUUAUAAAAUGAAUGUAUCAAAGGUUAAACGCCAUAUUGUAUAAUUUAUGAUACUUAAGAAAACUGUUUAUUAUGUUAAUAAUAAUAUAUUAUGCAAUAAGGUAAAUGCUAUCCUAUACCUAUGAUAAAAAAUUGUUUGAUUUAUUCCUAUUAAAAUCCAACUUAUUGUUACUAAUGUAUAUAAAAUUAUAUUCUAUUUUAAUAUAAUGGUUAUGAUAAUACAGGUGCUUAAUGCAUAAAAAAUGACUAUUCUUUAGAAUACUAUCCAUGCGUAGGUUAAAGUUAAGACCGUUAUUGCUCAUAAUGUGGUUUGGGAUCUUCACGAGAAAUCAAUACUUAAUAAUGUUAUCCUGUUUAUUAUGAAUAUUUUUGUUUAUAGUUAAAAGGUCCAAAUAAAUGUUUACAGUGUUAGAAUAAUUAUAUUUUAGUAAAUGGGAUAUGUUACUAUUAAUUUUAUAAAUCUGGUGAUACUACUUCUAUUUCUUUUUAAAUAUAUUAUUAAUAUUAAGUUUAAUUAGGAUCAGAGACAGGCAUAAGUGGAUCUCCUUAUACUUGUGAUAGUUCUACACUCUAAAAUAAAAAUUGCUAAUAUUUAAAUUAGCAAGGAUAUUAUUUGAAUUAGUUAUUUACAUAGAGAUAAUGCUACAUCUAACAAUAAGGUUUGAAGUGUAAUAAAUGCUUUAAAAAUAUAUGUUUGGAUAAAUAAUACAGUUGCAAAUAAGGCUAUGGAUGGAGUUAGACUUUCCAAAAAUGUCUUCCAUAAUGUCUAAAUGGCAUGUUAUAAAUAAAAUAAUAAUAAUGUAAUUAUAGACGUUUAUGCAAUAAAUCUGCUAUAUAUACUACUACUGGAAUAUCUUAUUAAUGCUCAGAUUGUAGUAUAGUUACUGAUAUUAAAAAUUGUUAAUAAGAAAAUGAUUGUGAAAUAAAUGAAAUAUAUUCAUUUAAAUUUUAAAAAUGUAUGAAGCUCUGUGGUAAUGGAGUUAUAGCUGAUACUUAUUCUGAUUGCAAAUCAUCAAACAUUUGCUAAGAUGGAUUAGACUGGAUUUCUUAAGUUGGAAAAUGUGCUUAUUUAUAAAACAUUAUAGAUUCUAAAAUAUAUGUAAAUUAAACUACUUAAGAGGUAAACGACUAAUAAAAAGACAUUUAUAUUUAGUUACAAAAAAAUUGA